AUGCUCAUGCUACCCCCUUCUCCCCUGUACGGCAUGUAUCCCAUGCCCCCCACUCCGCCUCCUUCUCCGCCCAUCUCCCGUUGCUAUGCUCCGGAAGACCGUCUAGGAUUUCUCUUGGCCAACCGUCUGGAACUCACCAGCAUCCUGGGCGUCGGUGCCUAUGGAGUGGUGUACACGGCCGUCGACAUACAUACCAAUGUUCUGUAUGCUGUCAAGGCCCUCAACAAGACCGGGCUGGAUCCCCGGCAGCUCAAGUUCCAGCAGCGGGAAAUCAAGCUCCACCAUCUGGCCAGCCAACAUCCCAAUGUGGUUUCCCUGGUUCGCAUUAUGGAUUCCGUCGAUUGCACCUACGUGGUGAUUGAGUUCUGUCCCGAGGGCGAUCUCUUCUCCAGUAUUACUGAAAAGGGAAACUUCGUGGGCAAUGACCCCUUGGUCAAGCGUGUCUUCCUUCAAAUCCUGGAUGCCGUCCAGUUCUGCCACUCCCUGGGAAUCUACCAUCGGGACCUCAAGCCGGAAAACAUCUUGGUAACGGACCAGGGCUUGACGGUCAAGCUUGCUGACUUUGGCCUGGCUACUACGGACUACCUGACGUCGGAUUUUGGUUGCGGAUCCACUUUCUACAUGUCACCAGAAUGCCAGCAACCAAACCCCCGUCCCAUGUCGUGCUAUGAGUCGGCACCCAAUGAUGUGUGGAGUCUAGGUGUUAUCCUCGUCAACUUGACCUGCGGUCGCAACCCCUGGAAACGUGCCUCGAUCGACGACUCCACGUUCCGAGCUUAUCUCAAGGAUCCUUACUUCCUGAAAUCCAUCCUGCCACUGUCGGAUGAGAUGAUCUGCAUCCUGAACCGCAUCUUUGAGUGCGACCCCUCCAAGAGGAUUACCAUCCCGGAGCUUCGCCAGUUGAUCCUGGAGUGCCCGCGGUUUACCAUGAACCCCAUCGCCCCCUGGUCUGCCAGCGGACCGGUGCCGGUUGACUACGUCAACGGUCCGGUUCCGGUGUCCGUUCCCGUGGACGCCUUCAACACCCAAACCUCCUCUGUCUCCUCUGGGUCAUCGCAGUACUCCGACUUUUCGGAGUCUGCCGUCUCGGAUGCUUCAUCCUUCACAGAAGGCUACCCCGACCUUGACAGUGUCUCGUCGAUGUCUUCCGUGGGCCUGGAGCCGGGACUGGAAUGCAAAGAUGACUUUAUGGACCCUGUCUCUUGCGGUGGUAUCCCGGAGCCGCAUCUUGCCCAUGCCCCUUUUACCAUUCCAAUUCCCGUUUGCUAA